AUGGACGUCAAGUUCCCCACCCUCCUCUGCUUGACCCUACUCUUCUCCACCAUCCUAAACCCAGCGCUCUCUGAGCUCUGCAACCCGGAAGACAAGAAAGUUCUCCUACAAAUCAAGAAAGCCUUCAACGACCCCUACGUCUUGACCUCAUGGAAGCCAGAGACAGACUGCUGUGACUGGUACUGUGUCACCUGUGACUCCACCACAAACCGCAUCAACUCCCUCACCAUCUUCGCCGGCCAAGUCUCCGGUCAAAUUCCGACCCAAGUCGGUGACUUGCCAUAUCUUGAAACACUUGAGUUUCACAAGCAACCCAAUCUUACCGGACCAAUCCAACCCUCCAUUGCCAAGCUUAAGCUCCUCAAGGAGCUGCGCCUCAGCUGGACUAACAUCUCAGGCUCUGUACCUGACUUCCUCAGCCAACUCAAGAACCUCACCUUUCUUGACCUCUCAUUCAGUAACCUCACAGGCUCCAUCCCCAGCUCGCUUUCUCAGCUUCCCAACCUCAACGCUCUUCGUCUAGACCGUAACAAGCUCACAGGUCAUAUUCCGAAGUCAUUUGGAGAAUUCCAUGGCAGUGUUCCAGAUCUCUAUCUCUCUCACAACCAGCUCUCAGGCACCAUACCAACCUCAUUAGCCAAACUGAACUUCAGCACCAUAGACUUCUCCCGGAACAAGCUCGAAGGCGAUGCAUCCAUGAUCUUUGGAUUGAACAAGACAACCCAGAUUGUGGAUCUGUCGAGGAACUUGCUGGAAAUUAAUCUGUCAAAUGUGGAGUUUUCCAAGAGCUUGACUUCGUUGGAUCUUAACCAUAACAAGAUCACAGGCGGUAUUCCGGUGGGGCUGACCCAAGUGGAUUUGCAGUUCCUGAACGUGAGCUACAACAGGUUGUGUGGUCAGAUUCCAGUGGGCGGGAAGUUGCAGAGCUUCGACUCCUCGACUUAUUUCCAUAACCGCUGCUUGUGUGGUGCUCCACUCCCAAGCUGCAAAUAA